AUGGCGUCUCCAACGCGUCCCAUCCUGAGCCCCUCAAAAGCGCUGCAUCCGGUUUCACCGGAACGCAUGAAUCAACAAACCAUACCCGGCUCUCCCUCACUACCUUCCGAUCUCCUCACAUUACAUCACAAGAGCACCCGAGGUGUCUCGGAAGUGCAAGCCAAAGUGGCAUUUUUAAAUAACCUAUCUCGAGGAGGCAGCCCUGCCAACUCUGCAGCAAGCAAUGCCGCUCUGCAACGAGCUAUCAUGGGCCGUGAGGAAGCCGAAUCCGCCUUAGCUACCGCGCAAGAAGAUUUGUCUGAAGCGCAGACACGAGAACGCCGGAUCAGCGAACGCCUCGAAUCAUUGCUGGAAGAGCUUCACGGGACGAAAGAACGCCAGGCCCACGAACGAUCAAUUUUCGAGAAGGAAAUUCGAAAAGCCCGCAAGGAAGCUUUUCGCGCUGGGUCGACUCUGGUCAAAAUUCAAGAAGAAUUGAAGCAUGCAAAAUCAGAGGUCAGAACGUUGAGAGACGAAGUGGUUGCAGAACGCGAGUCGAAGGACAAGGCCAAACAGGAGGCAUUUGAACGCGCCUAUGCCCUCGCUGGUCUUACAGAAGAACUUGAAGUCUUGAAAGAGAAACUUCGUGCCCUUGAAAACGACAAUCACUCAAGCACCCUCGAAGUCCGCGCCCAUGAGAUUCGGAAAGAAGACUUCGGAAGACUGUCAAUAGCAGAAGGUGACCUCGCGUUUUUGACUACCCCACGCAGACCGAAACGAGCCGCUGCGGGAUCUGCUCGAUCCCCAGCCCCAGCACGCGAAGAAGACCACGCAGUGGCUACUCCUCCUAAACGCCCACGUUUGUCGGAUUGUGCGCCAAACAUGGAGAGUGAACAACCCGCACUCGAGACGGCCGCUGAAUUGGAAGAGGACUUGUUGGAAGGGAUCAAGGAAGAGCUUGACUUUGAGCGUCGCCGCAGAGUCGCAGCCGAAGAGAUGGUGCAUUUCUUGAACAUUGAAUGCCAGUUUGAACGCUGCUCAUGCAGGCUUGCUGAGAGCCAAGGUCGUCGCUACAUCUACGAUGCUGAAUACUAUAACAAAUUCCAAAAGCCUCAGAUUGAGGCGGAAGAGAAAGCUCGUGCUCAAGAAGCUAUCAUUCAGCAAGCUAGUGUGCAAAAAGUCGACCCUCACCCAACUAGCACCCCUGAAACCAGCCCUCCCCCUCCGCCACCCGUCCACCGAUCUCCUGUUCACCAGGCCUCGACUCCCCAGUUGAGGCAUCCUCCACACAGCAUCCAUCAGGAAGAGCCAGAGCCAAGUCGCACUCCUCUGGCUGCACCACCUGUUCCUGUACACCAGCACCCCGCGCCUACAAUGAAGGCUGAACCCAGAGACCCUCCCAAGAUGCAGAUGCCAGCCGAACCUCUGGUUACAUUCUCCCCGGAGACCGGCACAUUCACGACAUUCCCAUCUCCACUCCGAGAUAACGUCAGACCUCCGCGAUUGAAUUUCUUCGACACACCGGAUCUCGCCGAGCCUCAACCAGAUAUUCCGGCUGGUCAUCUUGAAGCCUCUGCAUCACCAGACCUACAUGUCGACUCAUUCACCCCCUCUGGGGAACCGGCUUCGACCAGAUUGUCCCGUCCAAUCCCAUCUGAUGGUGCUGUCGAACACUGGCGUGCACCACUGUCUGUAGAAGCCAGACCAUCGAGGCCUGUCGAGAGAGAACCCCGUGUACCCCGCCAGCCCAUCAACCCUACAAACAGAGUUCCAUCGCGACAAGAGUCACAGUCGCAACGCACUUCGCACCCUGGCGUCCCCCAUACACUCAUCGACCGCGAACAAGCACUCGCACAGAUCAGGGCGCGACAGGGUCGUACCCACAGCAAGCAGCGCUCAGUCAGCGCCAGCGAGCCUGGCCGCGCAGCUCGUACCUCAGCGGGAUCUAAUCCAACCUCUGCUCGGGGACCUCGACGCCUGCCCAAUCCAAAUAUUCGGGCCAAUUCGAGGACUGAGAACGAAGUCGGUGAACGCCGAGAUAUGAGUGCUCCUGUUCGGAUGUUCCGACGUUAA